AUGUGUUCUCUUCCUUCUUCACCGCCACCACCAUCUGAUAACAAUUUCCAUUCCGAUCAUAUCUGCCUUGUGUUCUGCCCAAGAGAGCCAGCCUCAAAUGGCAGCGUCACCAACUGGAUAGAGCUUUUCAAUCCAUCCACCAACACUUGGACCCAUGUCGGAUCCAUUCCCGGCCUCAGGGAUGACCAAGUUUUAAAAGGCUUCGCUAUGGUUUCGUUGGGAGACACUGUUUAUAUAAUCGGCGGCCAAGUUUGUCACAAGGAGAGGGUCCACGUGUCCGAUGACACAGCCGACUGGGUUGACGUGGGCAUCCAGGUUGUACCUACGGUUCUACGUUACGACUUCCGAAGCAGCCAGUGGAUGAGUUGUUCACCACUACGUGUGGCUAGGUAUGACUUUGCAUGCACAGUUUGUGAGGGUAAAAUCUACGCGGCAGGGGGGAAGUCCACGCCGGCGUGCGCCCGCGGGAUCUCGUCGGCCGAGAUGUACGACCCGAACACCGACACGUGGACGCCCUUGCCGAAUUUGCACAUCUUGAGGUACAAGAGUGUGGGUGUGACGUGGCAAGGGAAAGUGCAUAUGAUUGGAGGGUUUGCCGAGAGAGAGGACUCUGACCGGACGGUGCCGAGCCUCGUGGAGAGAAGCUCGGCUGAGGUGUACGACACGGAGGCGAACAGGUGGGAGCUGAAGGCGGGGAUGUGGCAGUUAGAUGUGCCACCUAAUCAGAUCGUGGCGGUGAAUGAGAUGCUUUUAAGCUCAGGAGACUGCUUAAAUGCAUGGAAAGGACAGAUUGAAGCAUUUGAUGGGAGGCUUUGGAAUGAAGUCGAUGGGUCCCACAAGCCAAGUCUUUCAACGUUAGAGGCAGAACAGAGACGUUACCUAACAAUGGCAGCCAUAGGGAGGGAGUUGUAUUUCCUGGGAGGGUAUUACGGGAAAGGAAGAACGAUGUGUAUUGUUCAUGUAUUUGACACGUCAGCAACAACAGGGGAAGAAGCAUGGAGGAGCUUUGAGCCGAUGGAAAUGGAGGGUGAGAGAGAGCUUUGCAGCCAUUGCUGUGUUGUGAAGCUCUCCUGA